AUGUGGCGACUUCUAUGUUUUGCCACGUGUUUCAUGCUCGCCGGUCUCCAUGCUCGCCAGUCUCCAUGCUCGCCGGUCUCCAUCUCGGUCGACCUCGGGACAGCAGAAGAUACCCAUCCGCCCCCCUUGGCGCCCCCGAGCCCAUACGAGAGCAAAACAUUCUACAGCGGCGUCGAGGGGAGGUUGCUUGCGCGUACCAGCACCUACGCCUAUCCCCAAUCCCGCAUUGAGGACGGAAUCGACUACAAAGCCUUUGCUACGAUUGGCAAAGACCGCAAGAUUCUGUCGGCGUGCAUUUGCUGGGAGCACGCUCGUGAUGCGGCGCUCGUGUGCUGCUUCAUCCUUCGCAAGGCUGGCGUUCUUGACAUGGAGGUCGAGGUCAGGGAGGUUGACCCUGCCUUCUCGGCCUACGAUGGAGGCCUUGGAUACAUCAUCAACCCGGCGCACGGGAGAGGUCCGGCGCACUGGAGAGGUUGCCAGGCGUCAUUUGUCACGGACCCAACCACCGCGACGGCCUCAGCGUUCGCCUGGGUUGCCGCCGGCAAGACAGCGGCGUCAACAAGAUGGCUUCGCAGUAGCUGCUCAACCACGACAUGCAGACGGACAACAACCCCGGAAGCCCCCAACAGGCAACACACAUGCAUGCACAUCCGCAACGUGCCCGCACGCAAAAUGCUCAAAAGAAUCGCGGCUUACAUCAACUCGUCUACCCGGCUGCGUGACGACUACCCGGCUGCGUGA